AUGAUGGCGUUUUCUGGCGUUUUGAAACUCAAGCUCGGCCCGUUCUGGUUCAAGACGUCAAUUCUGCUAGUCAACGUGUUAACAGUUGGCGAAAGUGCCAGAUAUGUUCUCCGUGUGGAGCGACCGGCGAUCUGCGGUGGCCCCGUCGAACUACCGAUCGGUCGUCAAGGCUUCGCGAUCAAGCUUCUCCCGCAAUCUUCCGAAGAUCGACGCAAACUACACUUCGGCAUUCAAUACGGGACGCAAGGCAAAACCCUCCGCUUUCUCGCACCCACCGCCGAGGUUUAUCGCCACUGGAUUGAAGUUCUCCGCGAAGCUUUUAAGAAAAGCGUGAAAGCGGCGAAACGAUUGCGAAGAAGGACAGCCAGCACCAUCGUAAGUGGACACGGCGACGUCGACAGCGACGACCACGUUCAGCCAGCCCGCAUCAAAAGUGUCACCGACUCGAUGCGCGGACACCGUGGAUCCGAAGCGCUCGAUUCAUCGACCAGUGAAUUUUACCAGCACCACAGCAGAGCGGACCUCCCUAUGGGUACCAGCUUCGACAACACCAACGACAGUCUCCACGAGGCGUUAACCCAAUGUCUGCAAACGUGUCGUGCGCGUUAUGCCGCUGCUGAGAAUGCUAAAACGCGCGGUAUUCUUCGGGAUCGCGGGGAUGUUGAUGACACCAGCAGCACCGACAGUUCGGGUGGGCAAACUCCGAUAUCCAGCACAUCGUCCGCAAGCUGCGCCCAGAAUGCCGUUUUUAUUGACGGGAAUGUUGAUGAAGGCCAGCAGAACGUCUUUUGCAUUGCCACUGAUCGCAAUGGCAUGAAGAGCUUUUCCGUCUACACUCCACCAAAAGCUGCCCGCACUGGUCAAGCCCCAAGAACAGAGAGAGUUUUCAAGUUGUCAUCGACCGAGUGGGCCCGGUGGCUGGCCCGUGACAUUCGUGACAACGAAUUUCUUCCAGAAGUUUUCCACCUCACCAGUACAAGUUGCAACCGCUUGCAGUUGCGAGAGAUUGUUGCAAUUGCACAGCCAUUCUUCGCGUAA